AUGUCAUUCAAGAACAAGGAACAACUAGCAACUAUGUUGAAACUUGCUUGCGUGAAGAAAGAUUUUACACUCAAGAAGGUGAUUAAUUCGCGCACUGUGUAUUGCUUUAGAUGUGUACAUCCGGAGUGCAAGUGGUGGCUGAGGGCUAUGAAGCUUUUAAGUUCUGACAGAUUUUGUAUUACAACCUACAUAAAGUAUCACACAUGUGGUUCUGAGCAUAUUACUAGCCAUAAUCCACACGCCACAGCUAAAGUCAUUGGUGAAUACUUCAAAGAUAGGUUUCUCGACGGUAAAGGCCCAUCUACAAAAGAUAUGAGCCAAUCAUUCCGCACAUUUAAUUUGGUUGGCGUAAGUUAUUGGAAAGUCUGGAAGGGCAUGGAGAUUGCAAAGGCUUUGACAAGGGGGGCACAUGGGCACGGGUAUGCGGUGCUUAAUGUGUACCGUUAUAUGCUUUACUCCGCAAAUCCAGGAAGUAAGACGGCGUUGAAGGUUGAUGAUAAUGGGAAGUUCAAGUACUUUUUUGUAGCCUACAAGGCUUGGAUGCUUGGUUUUGCGCAAAAGAGAAAAGUCAUAGCUGUCGAUGGGACAUUCUUGAAGAGCAAGUACGAAAGAGUGUUGUUGUCAGCCGUGGCACAAGAUGCGGAGAAUCAUGUUUUUCCUGUGGCAUUUUGUGUCGUGGACAAGGAGUGUGAUGCCUCAUACAAAUAUUUUUUUGAACAAAUGAGAAGCUUUGUAGAUGAUACCACAGAGUUGUGCAUAAUUUCUGAUAGGCAUCCAAGCAUCAAAAAGGCGGUUUCAAUUGUCUUCCCUUUAUCUCAUUAUGGUUGUUGCAUGAGGCACCUUGGGGAAAAUCUCCGAACCUGCUUUCACAAUACGAAGGUCGUAUCUCGGUUUUAUAAAGCGGCAAAAUCGUACAAUAUAGAGUUCAAUGACCAUUUCAAUCAAAUCGGAGAUACGCCCUCGGGGGCAUUAACAUCUUGA